AUGUCCACGACCACGACCACCGCCACCGCCGCCACCAAUACUAAUACUACCAUCGCGGCCGGAACCACCGCCAAAGACUCGAAAUAUGUCCCUCGCGGUCCAACCAGUGCCGAACUGACCUUCUAUGCUCCUCCGGCCGAUAACUCAACUCCAUUCAAUUAUGUGGAAUCACCACCUCCGGGCCAGCCCAGUCACAAUUACGGCGAAAACACUCAACGCGUCUUUCUGACCGACAUCCGCGGCAAUGAACAUAUCUUCAACCUGGACAAGGAUUCCUUCCAAGCUCUUCAGGACGUGCCCUCCGCCACCACCUACUCCACCUUCGACUCCGACGCCUCCAUCCGCCAAAUCUACUACCCCGAGGUUGAAUCCCUCCUCCGACAACACCUCCCCGACGCCCACAAAAUCAUUCUGUUCGAUCAUACCAUUCGCCGCGCGGAUCCCAAUUCCCCGCGACAACCGGUGAACCGCGUUCACGUCGACCAAACGCCCAAGGCGGCCCUCGCCCGGGUACACCUCCACAUCACCGAUCCCGCCGAAGCCAAGGCCCUGUCGGAGGGACGGUACCGCAUCGUGAACGUCUGGCGCCCACUCUCCACGGACGAGCCCGUCCAGUCCUCGCCGCUGGCCUUUGCCUCGGCGACUUCGGUCGACCCGGCGGAUCUGGUGGCGAUUGAGCAUCGAUAUCCGGACCGGACGGGAGAAACGAUGGGAGUCCAGUACAACCCGCGCCAGCGGUGGUACUACUGGUCCGGCAUGACGGGUACAGAGCGUUUAUUGCUCAAGUGCUCCGACUCCCGGGGGCUGAAAGAUGGGGAUGUAGCGCAAUGGGUGCCGCAUACGGCAUUUUCGGAUGCGCGAACGCCCGAGGGGGCCCGGCCGAGGGAGAGUAUUGAAGUGCGUGCGUUGAUUUUUGGAUGA